AUGGCUCCUAUGCAAGAAAUUGUUGUUAAGUCCGACUUGGAGAAGUUGUUUAGCAUGAAAGGUGGCAAAGGAGAGGCUAGCUAUGCUAACAAUUCUCAAGCACAGGCCAUACAUGCCAAAUCCAUGAUUCACUUUUUGAGAGAAACCCUAGAUCAAGUUAAGCUUGGUAAUGGUGAUGACAAGGCUUUUGUGGCAGCUGAUUUGGGGUGUUCAUAUGGAAGCAACACCAUUAAUAUGAUGAAUGUGAUCAUAGAUCACAUCAUUAAGCGUUAUGAAGCUUUAGGUUACAAUCCACCUGAAUUUUCUGCCUUUUUCUGUGACCUACCAAGCAAUGACUUCAACAGUCUCUUUCAGCUUCUUCCUCCACAUGUAGAGGGUGUUACCAUGGAACAAUGUUUAGCCACCGAGAAGGAAAGGUCUUACUUUGUCGCUGGUGUUCCCGGUUCCUUUUACCGAAGGCUUUUUCCGGCAAAGACGGUUGAUGUUUUUCACUCUGCCUUCUCUUUGCAUUGGUUAUCCAAGAUACCAGAUUGUGUAGUGGAUGAGAGCUCCAUUGCAUACAACAAAGGGAAGGUGUUCAUCCAUGGAGCUAAUGAGGCCACAGCCAAUGCCUACCAGAGUCAAUUCAAAGCAAAUAUGGCAAACUUUUUGAGUGCAAGGUCAGUGGAAAUGAAGAAAGAAGGGUCCAUGUUCUUAGUUUGUUUAGGAAGAACAUCAGAGGACCCUACACAACAAGGUGGGGCUGGUGUUCUUUUUGGGACACACUUUCAGGAUGCUUGGGAUGAUCUUGUCCAAGAGGGAUUAAUUACCUCGGAAAAACGAGAUAACUUUAACAUUCCACUUUAUGCACCAAGUUUGGAAGACUUCAAGGAAGUAAUUAAAGAAAAUGGUUCAUUUGUGAUAAACAAGCUUGAGGUAUUCAAAGGUGGGAGUCCCCUUGUUUUGAACAACCCAGAUGAUGCUAAUGAAGUAGGUAAGGCUCUAGCCAACAGCUGUAGGACUGUGUGUGGAGUCCUUGUUGAUGCUCACAUUGGCGACAGCUUAAGCGAGGAGCUCUUCCUUAGAGUCGAGCGUCGGGCUGCAUUGCAUGCCGAGGAGCUUCUAAGGGAACUCCAAUUCUUUCAUGUGGUUGUGUCGCUUUCUCUUAUUGAAUGA